AUGGUAAAACCUCUCUCAUUCAAAGGCGACAAGCCGAAGAAACGCAAGGUCCGCACCGAAGAUCCCGAAGGCAAGAUCUCAAAAGCCCGCAAAACCUCCGAAAACGACAACGAUGAAAACCCAGACGACACAAGUUGGGUCUCCGCCGACGCGCCAACCGAUCUAGGUGGUCCAAUCGUCCUAGUCUUACCAUCGGAUAAACCUACAUGCGUGGCUAGCGAUCCGAAUGGUGUGGUUUUUGCGAGCGAGCUGGAGAAUCUGGUAGAGGGGGAUGCGGCGACGGCGGAGCCGCAUGAUGUGCGACAGGUCUGGGUUGUUACCAAGGUUGCAGGGACGGAGGGAUUCAGUUUCAAGGGACAUCAUGGAAAAUACCUCGGCUGCGACAACCAUGGACUCUUCACAGCAACGGCUUCAGCAGUCGGUCACUACGAAUCUUUCAUCGUCAUUCCGUCACCCGAUAUCCCUGGCACAUUCUAUCUCCAGACACGCGGCGGGGAUGCGGAGACUUUCCUCUGUGUAAAGGAGAAUGGGAAAGCAUCUGCUGGUGUGGAGAUCCGGGGUGAUGCGGAGAGUAUUUCGUUCGAGACUGGGGUACGGAUACGGAUGCAGGCGAGGUUUAAGCCUCGGCUUAAGGCGUCAAAGGAGUCUAAGGCUUAUGAGAAGAUUAGUCAGAAGGAAUUGGAGGCGAUUGUGGGGAGGAAGUUGGAGGCGGAGGAGGUUAAGAAGUUGAGGAGGGCGAGGAGAGAGGGUGAUUUUCAUGAAGUUAUGUUGGAUAUCAAGGUUAAAGGGAAGCAUGAUAAGUUUGCUUAA